UUACAUUGUUAGCCUUUGUUCAGGCUUCUAUCAGAAGCCUAAAAGUUAAUCAAAUGCUAGUUAUACAGUGGAAAUGAUACAACUUUCUAAAGCAUGGCCGAUGUGAUUGCAUCUCCAAGACAAGAUUUACCUAAAAAGUUGCCUGCCUUGCCAGUAAUCGAGCAUCCUGGCUUGCGUCGGUCAGAAGAAAACAAUGACCUCUUGCAGAUCCGUGGAAACUCCCGCGAAGCAACUACAAUUUUUGAUGAAGGAAAUGAUUCUCUACCACCAUUAAGGCGACGAACAAGCCAACAAGGAAGAAAAGGUCACUCCAGGGUAUUAACAUGGCCGCUAGGACAAGGAAAAGGAAAGACUUCAAACAGCAGUGGUCCAGCAUUGGAAAAACCUUCACACAAGCUCUCAGCUGAAGAGCUUGAAGAUCUCAUCCGUGAAAAGUUGCUGACCAGAAUAAGUGGGCUUCGUCAAUUGUUUCGUUCUAAUGAUCCCAUGGGCAAAGGCAAUGUAUCCAGGGAAGCACUUGCAAAUAUUUUGUAUCAUUUAUGUGGCUAUCUUACAUCUGACCAAAUCAGUGGUGUCUUAAAGAGGCUUGGGCUGGACACACAGAGUACAAUCUCAUUUGAAAAUUUUGUUCACCAUUUCCAGGACAAUGAGACUCUCACCAAAGAAUGGGUGGAUCCAGUGCUCAGACCACCUUCUCAUUUCAACUACCUUGCAAACCUCCCAGCUAACAGAUUACGUCAAAGACAAAGAGAAAUUGCUUUGGAACAGAAGCAUGCAGUGCACAAACAAGGACAGAAGAAAACUCCACCAAAAUUAUUUUCUGCUCUUGAAGUUUUCCCUCAACUUAAAAGAAGAGUUCAACAGGGGACUCUUCCUUAUGCAAAAUUACUUCCCCCAUCUUGUUUUGAUGCUGAUGGCAUGGUACUUAAGCCCCAGUUAAGGACUGCCCUACAGGUGUUGGGUUAUCAGAUGUAUGAGGAGGAAUUUGAGAAAGUUUGGGAUAGGUUUGACAAGACAGGACUUGGAGCAGUGAAUUCAGUGGUUUUCUUCAAAACGCUUGGAGUGAAUCCCUUCUAUGAGCUUCCCAAGAAGGUGAGGCAACUUCCCUCAACUGAACCUGAAAAAGAAGAAGAAGAGCAAAAGGUCUCCAGUGAAAAAGAACAUGAUGAUGAAGAAGAAGUUAGACUUCAUUCUGCGCAUGCAGAGGCUGGAAAAGACUUACCCCAGGAGGAAAAGAGUACUUCUGCAGGACAGAAUCGUGUUUUGACAUUGUUUGCUGAAAAGUUUAAAGAAGGCUACACCCAAUUAGUGAAUUCAUUCAAGAAGUAUGAUCCUGAAGAUACUGGACAGAUAAGCAAGGCAGAUUUUCGUAAAGCCUUGUCUGAAUACCGCUUGCAGCUUGGGCCAGUUGAAACUGAACAUUUUCUCCAAAGGUGUGGUAUGCGUGAACACAGCAUGGUUCCUUACAAAAAACUUAUGGAUUUGUAUUUAGACCGCUCUGAGAAAGGGCAGCUGCAAGCUGUGCUUGAUGAUCCUAAACACAGGUUUAAUCGCAGUAGAGACUCAGCUCUUGGUAGUACGACUGCGUUUGACGCAGAAGCCCGACUUCUGGAUAUUAUACAGGCAGACUUCUUGGCCUUGCUUGGCGCCUUCAAACAACUUGACAGAGACAACUUAGGUGUAAUAAAGCGAUAUCAGUUUAAAGAAUUGCUUGAAGCUCGAUUCAAGAUGAAGGUUACCGACGAUGAGUUGACGUCAGUUUUGCGUCCGCUGUUGGAAGACACGAAUCACAGCCUGAUACCUUACGCCCGGUUCCUUGAGCUCUUUAGUUCACCGAGGCAACACAAAGAGGUAUCCAUUAAUGUAAAAAUACCAAGCCCCUCAACUGCCAAUGUCAAACCAACCACUUCACCCAAGGACUUUAACUCACCGAGAAGACCGCUAUCAAGAAAGUCACAGGAAAGGAGCGCAUCACACACGGAAACAGCCAAGAAAGAAUCACAGCCCCGAAAUCUUCUUCAGUUAUUCUCCUUAGUACGGGAAAUACUUACAGAGAAGUUUCAAGUAAUACAAAAGACUUUUCAGGGAAUGGAUCAACUUAAGAAAGGAUAUUUAUCCAAAGGAAUGUUUCUAAGAUUGUUUGAAAGAUACGAACUCAAGUUCACAUCACCGGAAGUCGAUUUACUUUGGUCCAAACUGCCUGUUGAGAAGGAUGGUACGGUCAGCUUUGCGCAUUUAGUAGAGUUUAGCUUUCUAAACUUCAACGUCACUACAGCUGGAGAAGAAUCAGGCCAGGCUGCAUCAGGCUGCCUUUCACGCGUUCUUCAAGACUACGCCAAAUCACUAUCACACAACCGGUUGGAAUCUGUGGCUGAGGAAAAAGGUGUUGACUCCGACUCCCUUCCCACUCCACCCUCCGUUGUUCCACAGGAAGACCAGGCAGAAUCCCCAACGGAAGACAAGACUCUUCCGCCAUUGAAGACUCAGAAUAAACUUUCUGUGGAAGAAAUUUUAAAGAACAUUAAACAACAGGUGUGUUCUCAGUGGAGUGAAAUGAGGAACGCCUUCAAUUCAGUGGAUAAGGAAGGAAGUGCUACGCUGGAAUUCGAUGAUUUUAAGGGUGUCAUGAAACGAUUUUGCAAGGAUAUGACAGACGAGGAAUGUUUGAGCCUUUGUUGGAAGUUUGAUAGGGGAAAAAAUUCCCGGGUUUGCUACCUUGAAUUCUUGAAGAAAUUUCUUCCCACGAUGCCUGUCAAGGUUGACCACCUCGGUCCCAUGGCACCGGUCACCAGAUAUCUUACAAAGGCGGCGUGGUUGGACGGGAAACGAGCUCAAGAGGCUGUUGAUACAGUUGUUGAUAAAAUUCGGAACCAGAUGAUUUCAGACUGGAAAGGACUGAGAAGAGCAUUCAGGAAGAUGGAUUCGUUGGGCGAUGGCUUCGUCUCCGUGACUGACUUCAAAGCUGCUAUGUACAGGUUUAACUUUCCGUUAAACGAAGAAGAUUUCUUUCAUAUUUUCUCUGUGUUUGAUGAAAACAUGGAGGGAAGGAUCUCGUACGUGGAAUUUAUGCGGCGUUCAUUGAGCGAGUAAACGGGGAGUCUUCGUUAGAGUUGACAUAACCGGAACUGUGAAUAGUUUUUACUUGGAAUUUUCUUCUUCUUUUUUUCGUUUUGGUUUUCUCUUUUUUAGAUGUUUUUUUCUUGUUUUGAAAAUUUUUAUUUCUUUGUUUUUUGUGUUUUGUUGCUUUUUUACGUAAGGAGAGGGGGGGGGUAAUUCUGUCUUGUAUUUCAUUGGCCAGUUUCUUUUUUUGACUUUGACGUUGGUGAGUGUGUCUAGAGUAGUUGUAAAUACGGGAUGAAAUGUAAUCUAUCAGUGCCAAACAGAAUACACUGGAAAGAUUUUUAAAAAAAAGUGUAUCUGCGGCAAACACUUGUAUAUACAUCACACUUGCAAUUAUUUAGGUCAUGAGCCCAGUUGCCCAAACCUACUGAUACACUGGAAAGUGCUUAUUGUGCCUAUGUUUUAAGUAAUUGUAGGAGAAUAGUCCAGCGUUUAGUGUGAAUAAUCCAGUUCAUUUUUGCUACAAGAUGAUGAAACAGUGGUGAGGGGGGAGGGGUGAUGAAAAAGAAGAGAUGCUUUUUAAUGUUCGUUUAGAUAUGUCCGCGCGCCUGUUAACUUUUCCCUCUUACUCUCCUUUGUACACUGGCUUCCCAACCUGGGCUGUGACAUUUUUUAAUCGUUAUUGUUCGUAGUGUAUUUUUUAUUCUGCUAAUUUAUUUCCACAAUGUAAUUGUUGUAUUAAAAUUGCUUCUGAAACCAUAAAUUUAACCUUGGUUGUUAGUCUCCAGUGAAUAAUAGAUUAACUUUACGUUGGUCGAGUGUAACAUCGUGCACUUAUACAACUCGGAUCUUUUUCACUCAAAUUACGAUUUUGGGAGAUCUGGGCACGAGACCAUGUGAAGUAUAACCACUUUAGAGAAUCACUGUGCCUUAGUAGGGCUUUGCAUUGGUGAACAAUUUCAUACCUGUUACCUCAACAUAGCCUGAAGGUAAAGAAUGUAACUCUUUGUGUUGAGAGUACCUUUAGUGAGAUUGAGAGUACCGAACGCGUUUUCAUCGUUUAGUUUGUUGUCCUCGGCUGAUUUCAAGUUUCGAAUCUUCGUUAUUGUGAUGCGUUUUUUGCCUUUGAUUUGUUAACAAUAAAGGAAUGGAAACUACAUAAUUUUUUUUGGUUGCCCUUACCUGUGUCCAGUACGUCUCGAUACGGACGGAAAAGGACACGAGUCCUCCUAGAAAACUAUGUGCCAUGGCAUAAUACACAUGUAGAAAUGUAACCUGGAACCUAUAAUAA